CCGAAAGGAAAUUCUCAGGCUCCUAGAGACACCCAAGUGUUUUUGCAUGACAAGUAGAGACCCGCUCUCCAGGGAGUUCCCGGAUCCCGGCCAGCGGGAGCGCAGCCGCGAUCUUCCCGCCCCGGCGGCCGCGGCGGGGCCCGGCCCAGCGCUCCCGGCCGCCUCCCUCCCCCGGCGCCCGGCGCCCGGCACAUCCCUCUCUCCCGAGCUCGCUCCAGACUGGUUUUUCUGGUUCAGCCUCCCUCCCUGGGACGCGCAGGGGGAUCCGAUGACGUCGCUGGCUGAGUCUCUCCCUCUUCCCUUCCUCCCUCCCCGCGUCCGCUUCUCCCCCCGCGCGCCCUCGCCGCGCACUCCUCCUAGUAACUUCUGUUCGGGGAGGCGCUGCCAGGAAUAACCCGGUGCGUCCACAGACCGGGAGGGGAGGCGGCCGCUGCGGCUCCCACGGGCAGACGGCUGCGGCCCGUCCUCGCGGCUCCCUCCGGAGCCCGGCGGCCCCUGCCCCGGGCCCAUCUCCGUACAGUGUCAGAAAAAUAAAUAAAGGCAAGAGGAGCCCGGGCAGGCGGUCGGGAUCUCUCCCCUCCCUCCGCGCCCGCCCUCCCUCUGUCCUUAAGGAAAUGCUACCAGACACCCCCUACCAGACACGCUCAGCCUCGGCGAGGAGCGGCCGCCGCGGCAGCAAGAACAAGGGCACCAGGGGGGUUUCCUCCCCCUCCUCCUCUCCCUCCUCUUCCUCCUUCACUCCGUCCUCCUCCUCCUUCUCCUACUCAGCGGUGACUUUCCAGGUGAGCGGCCGCCGCCGCCGCCGCCGCCGCUGCUGCUGCUGCGAGGAUCCCCCUCGACCGCUCGGGCUCUGGCCGUCGCGUCGCGCCCUCCUCCCGCCCCUGUCACCCGGCGGCAGCCGAGGUUUGACAGCCGUUCGAGGGGCUCGCGGCCCGGAGGCGGGCGGCCGGCGGGGGGCGGGCUGGAGGUGAGGGGGUGGAGAGCCGGCGAGCGGGAGCCGGGCGCGCUGUCUCUCCCACCGGAGGAGGGUCUCCACCACCACGUCUCCGCGGACGGUGGCACAAGUCUCGGCCAAGUUGCGCGUUGGACGCCGAGGCUCCCAGGACCCCGGAGCAACUUGAAGGGUCUCCUGGCUCGUUGACAAUAUCCCUACGCAUCUGGACUUUGGGGCGCUGGGUGCAGCCUGGGGGCGCGUGGAGGGCGGACUGGACCUUUGGGAGAACAGAGCGGCAGAAAUGUAGGUUCCACGGCUCGGUGGAGUCUUUGAAUUUUUAAAAAGAAGAUAGUAAUCAGAUCUACUUGAAAAAUUAAGUGAAUUGACUUGGCUGGAACAAUCUUUCCAAUUCUUUAACAUCCAACAGUAGGAUUCCCAGAAGUUGUGCAUGAGUUGCUGUGGGAGAGUUGGAACUGUGGAAGGCAAAGACAGUUGUGAUGCAGUUUGGUGAUAUGAGGAUAACAGGAAGCAUCAAGACAAUCAUGCCCAUGAGAACUCCAAUCCAUUCAGAUCAUUUUAGCUUAGUGAAACUGACAACUGAACUUUGCUCUAGUUGAUGGGCAAAAUUUCUCCUAGACUAUUCGCCAUCCCAAUUUCAUCCUAGUUGAAAAUAUUCAAAUGCCAUAAGAAAUUUUUAGAGAUUUACAUUAGUUUUUGGAUGGACUUUGCUACAAUGGAGAGAACUGUGUUAUAGCCCUGGUCCAAGGACAUUACCAUUUAUUGCCCAUAGACUGUGGGGUGAGUGUGAAAGUCUCCAAAGAGAAGGAGCAUUUGGCAAGUUUGCAGACACCCUGGAACAUGGAAGCAAGCAAGCUUUGAAACGCACAGCUUUGGUGACACUCCAUGCGUCUGCAGGGCUUUCACGCGAAUUAGCCCUUAAGAUCUUGUGUAACAAAAUGGACACUGGGGACACAGCUCUAGGACAAAAAGCUACCUCAAGGUCUGGAGAAACUGAUAAAGCGUUAGGUAGAUGGAGACAGGAGCAGUCAGCUGUUAUUAAGAUGAGCACUUUUGGCAGUCAAGAAGGACAGCGGCAACCACAAAUAGAUCCGGAGCAAAUCGCAAACACAGCAUCAGCACAACUCUUCGGUUCUGGGAAACUGGCCUCCCCUAGCGAGGUGGCCCAGCACGUCACAGAGAAGCAAUACCCACUGCACCGUCCGAGUCCUUACUCAUGCCAACAUUCACUCUCCUUCCCUCAGCACUCAGUGCCACAGGGUGUCAUGCACAGCAACAAGCCGCAUCAGAGCCUCGAAGGCCCUCCGUGGCUUUUCCCUGGCCCUUUGCCAUCUGUUGCCUCCGAGGACUUAUUUCCUUUUCCGAUCCAUGGCCACAGUGGUGGUUAUCCGAGAAAAAAGAUUUCAAGUUUGAACCCUGCUUUUAGCCAAUACUCCCAGAAAAGUAUCGAACAGUCAGAAGAUGCUCACAAGAAAGAGCACAAACCCAAGAAGCCCGGCAAGUACAUUUGCCCUUACUGCAGCAGGGCAUGUGCCAAACCCAGCGUGCUGAAAAAGCACAUCAGGUCCCAUACCGGGGAGCGGCCCUACCCGUGUAUUCCGUGUGGCUUCUCCUUCAAGACAAAGAGCAAUUUGUACAAGCACAGGAAGUCGCAUGCCCAUGCAAUUAAGGCGGGCUUGGUCCCUUUCACAGAGUCAGCUGUCUCUAAAUUGGACCUAGAGGCUGGUUUUAUUGAUGUAGAAGCAGAAAUACAUUCAGAUGGUGAGCAGAGUACAGACACCGAUGAGGAGAGUUCUUUAUUCACUGAGGCUUCUGACAAAAUGAGUCCCGGCCCACCCCUCCCUUUGGACAUUGCCAGCAGAGGGGGCUACCACGGGUCAUUGGAAGAGUCACUGGGAGGCCCCAUGAAGGUGCCGAUUCUGAUUAUUCCUAAAAGCGGGCUUCCUUUGCCCAAUGAAAGCUCUCAGUAUAUUGGCUCUGAUAUGCUCCCCAAUCUGUCUUUAAAUACUAAGGCUGAUGACUCUCACACGGUGAAACAGAAACUUGCACUCAGGCUGUCAGAGAAGAAAGGACAAGAUUCUGAGCCAUCGCUAAACCUUCUGAGCCCGCACAGUAAAGGAAGCACUGACUCUGGUUAUUUUUCUCGCUCAGAAAGUGCAGAGCAGCAGAUAAGCCCCCCAAACACAAACGCGAAGUCUUAUGAAGAAAUCAUCUUUGGAAAAUACGGUCGGCUUAGUCCCAGAAACACACUCAGUGUUACAACCACAAGUCAGGAGCGCGCCACGAUGGGUAGGAAGGGGAUGAUGGAGCCAUUACCUCACGUCAACACCAGGUUAGACGUCACGAUGUUUGAAGAUCCUGCUUCACAGCUGAUCCCCAGCAAAGGAGAGAUGGAUCCCAGUCAGACGAGCAUGCUGAAAUCCACUAAAUUCAACCAUGAGUCCAGACAAUCCCAGGCUAUCCCAUCUGUCAGGAAUGAAGGAAAACUUUACCCUGCAAACUUCCAAGGCAGCAACCCGGUUCUCUUAGAAGCUCCUGUGGACUCUUCACCCCUAAUUCGAAGCAACUCGAUGCCAACUUCUUCAGCAACGAAUCUAAGUGUCCCCCCUUCUUUGAGAGGAAGCCACUCAUUCGAUGAGAGGAUGACGGGUUCCGAUGACGUGUUCUACCCAGGGACCGUGGGAAUCCCCCCUCAGCGCAUGCUCCGCAGGCAAGCUGCUUUCGAGCUGCCUUCGGUCCAGGAGGGGCACGUGGAGGCGGAGCACCACGGCAGGAUGCUGAAGAGCAUCUCAGGUUCAUCCUCGAAGGAGAAGAAACUGAUUCCCGGGGACAGGGGAGGCUAUGACUACGACGUCGGCCGGAAACCUUACAAGAAGUGGGACGACUCUGAAACACCAAAGCCAAGCUACAGGGACAUGCCCGGCGUGAGCUCCCUAAAGCACGGCGGAGAGUAUUUCGCGGAUCCCUCGGGGCCGUCGCAGGGCGUGCCAAGCAUGUUCGGAACCACGUGUGAAAACAGGAAGCGCCGGAAGGAGAAGAGUGUGGGGGACGAGGAGGACACCCCCAUGAUCUGCAGCAGCGUGGUCAGCGCGCCCAUGGGCCUCAUGGCUGCAGAGUACGACCCCAAGGUGCAGGUGCAGGAAGGCGCGCGAAGCGGCUUCGCCCUGGCUGGGCACGAGGGCGCUCCCCACGGCCACGCCGAGCGCUUUGACCCGGGUCGGCCCCACCUGCCAGCGGGAGGAAGCCCGUCUCUCGGGUCAGAGGAGUUACCUGCAGCCACUGAUCCAGAAAAGGUGUCAGACCUCGGGGGCAGGAAGCCCCCGGGGAACGUGAUUUCUGUGAUCCAGCACACCAACUCUCUGAGCCGACCCAAUUCCUUCGAAAGGUCCGAGUCGUCCGAGCUGGUGGCCAGCGCCCAGGAGAAGGCCUCUUCGCCGUCGGAGGCCGGUGACAGCGAGGUUUCCGAGGCCCCGGUGAGUCCCGAGUGGGCUCCCCCCGGGGACGGCGCGGAAAGUGGGGGGAAGCCGUCCCCGGGCCAGCAGGCGCCCCCGCAGGCCUACCACGCGCAGCCCCGGCUGGUCCGCCAGCACAACAUCCAGGUUCCGGAGAUUCGCGUGACCGAGGAGCCCGAUAAGCCGGACAAGGAGAAAGAAGCGCAGAGCAAGGAGCCGGAGAAGCCGGUGGAGGAAUUUCAGUGGCCGCAGAGGAGCGAGACGCUGUCCCAGCUGCCCGCCGAGAAGCUGCCGCCCAAGAAGAAGCGGCUGCGCCUGGCGGACAUGGAGCACUCCUCCGGGGAGUCCAGCUUCGAGUCCACGGGCACCGGCCUCUCUCGCAGCCCCAGCCAGGAAAGCAACCUGUCCCACAGCUCCAGCUUCUCCAUGUCUUUCGAGAGGGAAGACACCGUGAAGCUUGCCGCCCCGGGGAAGCAGGAUGAGUUUGGGAAGCAUUCGGAGUUCCUGACGGUCCCCGCUGGUUCCUACUCGCUGUCUGUGCCCGGCCACCACCACCAGAAAGAGAUGCGGCGCUGCUCCUCCGAGCAGAUGCCUUGCCCGCACCCAACGGAAGUCCCAGAAAUUCGGAGCAAAUCCUUUGAUUAUGGGAACCUGUCCCACGCUCCGGGGGCCGGGGCGCCGGCCUCCACGUUAUCCCCGUCCCGGGAGAGGAAGAAGUGCUUCCUGGUGCGGCAGGCUUCCUUCAGCGGCUCUCCCGAGAUCGCCCAGGGCGAGGCGGGCGCGGACCUGGGCGUGAAGCAGGAGCAGAUGGAGCACCUGCACGCCGGCCUGAGGUCCACGUGGCCCCACGCCCCGUCCUCUGUGCUGCCCCCUCUCCAGGCAGAGGACCCAGGGAAGCAGCUGGUGGGUCCUUGUGCCCAGCUGAGCUCAGGGCCACUGCACCUGGCCCAACCACAGCUCAUGCACAUGGACAGCCAAGAAGCUCUGAGAAAUCCCUUGCUACAACCAACAUCCUAUCUGACAAGCAAGCACUUGUCUGAACAGCCACAUUUAUUUCCACACCAAGAGACCAUCCCGUUUUCUCCCAUCCAGAAUGCCUUGUUUCAGUUCCAGUAUCCAACCGUCUGCAUGGUUCACUUACCCGCUCCGCAGCCUCCUUGGUGGCAGGCCCAUUUCCCACCUCCCCUGGCGCCACACCCUCAGAAGAGCUAUGGCAAGCCUCCUUUCCAGGCAGAAAUCCAUCCUAGCUACCCCCUGGAGCACGCCGCAGAGCACACUGGAAAGAAAGCCGCUGAUUAUGCGCACACAAAAGAGCAAGCUUACCCGUGUUAUUCAGGAACAUCAGGCCUACACUCAAAGAACCUCCUUCCAAAGUUUCCGUCGGACCAGAGCACCAAGUCAGUGGAUACUCCCUCCGAGCAGGUUCUUCAAGAAGAUUUCACCUCGGCAGCCGCUGGGCCUUUGCAGUCCUUACCGGGAACAGUGGUUCCUGUUAGGAUCCAGACCCACGUCCCGUCCUAUGGGAGUGUCAUGUACACAAGCAUCUCUCAGAUACUUGGGCAGAACAGUCCUGCGAUUGUCAUAUGCAAAGUCGACGAGAAUAUGACCCAAAGAACACUGGUAACCAAUGCGGCCAUGCAAGGGAUAGGGUUUAACAUUGCCCAGGUGUUGGGGCAGCAUGCAGGCUUGGAAAAAUACCCCAUCUGGAAAGUACCUCAAACCUUACCCCUCGGCUUAGAAUCCUCAAUCCCCUUGUGCUUACCUUCCACCUCGGACAGUGCCGCCUCCCUGGGAGGGAGCAAGCGGAUGCUCUCUCCAGCCAGCAGCUUGGAACUCUUCAUGGAAACGAAGCAGCAGAAAAGGGUCAAGGAAGAAAAGAUGUACGGACAGAUUGUGGAGGAGCUCAGUGCUGUGGAGCUAACCAACUCAGAUAUCAAAAAGGAUCUCUCCCGCCCGCAGAAACCCCAGCUGGUUCGACAAGGCUGUGCUUCUGAGCCAAAGGACGGCUUGCAGUCGGGGUCAUCUUCCUUCUCCUCUCUGUCGCCCUCCUCAUCUCAAGACCAUCCCUCUGCCAGCGCGCCCCUGAGGGAGCCAUUCCCUCCCAGCUCCAGGGCACCCUCUCUCUCGCAGAAGUCCAGUGGGCCUUCUGAGAGCAAAGAGUCCUCAGAUGAAUUAGAUAUUGAUGAGACAGCCUCUGAUAUGAGUUUGAGCCCACAGAGUUCCUCAUUGCCGCUGGGAGACAGUCAGCUCGAAGAGCAGGGAAGGGGCCAGAAGCUGCCCGUUGGCAUGCUGGUCCACAUGGCCUCCGGCCCAAGCAGGAAAGUAGCAAACUCGACACUUCUUUUCACCGAUGUGGCAGAUUUCCAGCAGAUUCUUCAGUUCCCCAGUCUGCGGACAACAACUACUGUGAGUUGGUGCUUCUUGAAUUAUACAAAACCCAAUUAUGUGCAACAGGCCACCUUCAAAUCCUCGGUUUAUGCUUCAUGGUGCAUUAGUUCCUGUAAUCCAAACCCAUCAGGAUUGAAUACCAAGACCACGCUGGCUCUUCUGAGGUCCAAGCAAAAAAUCACCGCAGAAAUUUAUACUCUGGCUGCUAUGCACAGGCCCGGAACCGGCAAGCUGACGUCAUCGAGUGCUUGGAAGCAGUUCGCUCAGAUGAAGCCUGAUGCGUCCUUUUUAUUUGGCAGCAAACUAGAAAGGAAACUAGUGGGAAAUAUCUUAAAGGAAAGAGGGAAAGGAGAUAUUCACGGAGAUAAAGAUAUCGGAUCCAAACAAGCUGAGCCAAUCCGAAUUAAAAUCUUUGAAGGAGGGUAUAAGUCAAAUGAAGAUUAUGUAUAUGUCAGAGGACGUGGACGUGGGAAGUACAUUUGUGAGGAAUGUGGGAUUCGCUGCAAGAAGCCAAGCAUGCUCAAAAAGCAUAUCCGCACUCAUACUGAUGUCCGGCCUUAUGUGUGCAAGUUAUGUAACUUCGCCUUCAAGACGAAAGGAAACCUGACGAAGCAUAUGAAAUCUAAAGCGCACAUGAAAAAAUGCCUGGAGUUGGGCGUCUCAAUGACUUCAGUGGAUGAUACAGAAACCGAGGAAGCAGAAACUAUGGAAGAUUUGCACAAAGCAGCUGAAAAGCAUAGCAUGUCCAGCAUUUCAACUGAUCAUCAGUUCUCAGAUGCCGAAGAAUCGGAUGGUGAGGAUGCAGAUGAUAAUGAUGAUGAUGAUGAAGAUGAUGAUGACUUUGAUGACCAGGGAGAUUUGACACCAAAAACCAGAUCAAGAAGCACCAGUCCUCAGCCCCCUAGAUUCUCCUCCUUGCCUGUGAAUGUUGGUGCCGUACCCCAUGGGGUUCCCUCAGAUAGUUCCCUGGGACAUUCUUCAUUGAUCAGCUAUUUGGUUACUUUGCCAAGUAUUCAGGUUACUCAGCUUAUGACACCAAGUGACUCAUGUGAAGAUACCCAGAUGACAGAAUACCAGAGGUUAUUCCAGAGCAAAAGUACAGACUCAGAACCAGACAAAGACAGGUUAGACAUACCCAGUUAUAUGGAUGAAGAGUGCAUGCUGUCUUCAGAGCCCAGCUCCUCUCCGAGGGACUUCUCUCCCUCAAGCCACCAUUCCUCACCGGGAUAUGAUUCUUCACCCUGUCGGGAUAAUUCACCAAAGAGGUAUCUGAUACCCAAAGGAGAUUUAUCACCCAGAAGACAUUUAUCACCUAGGAGAGAUCUAUCACCCAUGAGACAUCUUUCACCAAGAAAGGAAGCUGCAUUGAGAAGAGAGAUGUCACAAAGAGAUGUUUCACCAAGAAGGCAUCUGUCCCCAAGGAGGCCAUUGUCACCUGGGAAAGAUAUCAUGGCAAGAAGAGACCUCUCUCCCAGAAGAGAGAGAAGAUACAUGACUUCCAUAAGAGCACCAUCUCCCAGAAGGGCUUUAUACCACAACCCACCGUUGUCCAUGGGGCAGUAUUUGCAAGCAGAGCCAAUCGUAUUGGGGCCUCCUAAUCUAAGAAGAGGAUUACCUCAGGUUCCUUACUUCAGUCUCUACGGAGACCAAGAAGGUGCUUAUGAACAUCCGGGCUCCAGCCUCUUCCCUGAGGGACCUAAUGACUAUGUCUUCAGUCAUCUUCCACUCCACUCUCAGCAACAAGUACGAGCUCCUAUCCCCAUGGUGCCCGUUGGUGGGAUCCAAAUGGUUCACUCCAUGCCGCCGCUCCUCUCUGGUUUACAUCCUCCACCCACAUUGCCUCUGCCAAUGGAGGGCUCUGAGGAGAAGAAAGGAGCUUCCGGGGAAUCCUUCGCUAAGGAUCCCUACGUUAUUUCUAAGCAGCCUGAGAAGCCAUCUCCUCACCUUUUGCAGUCAUCUGGUCCACCCAGCAUGCCCUCCUCUCCUCGGCUAUUGAUGAAACAGAGCACUUCGGAAGACAGCUUAAAUGCAACAGAGAGGGAACAGGAGGAAAAUAUACAGACUUGUACAAAAGCCAUUGCCUCUCUCCGGAUUGCCACAGAAGAGGCCGCUCUGCUUGGGGCAGACCAGCCAGCACGGGUGCAGGAGCCCCACCAGAAACCCUCGGAAAGUGCACAUGUUAGCAUUAGACACUUUAGUGGACCUGAGCCAGGCCAGCCCUGUUCCUCAGCUACCCACACUGACUUGCAUGAUGGUGAAAAGGACAACUUUGGUACAUCACAGACUGCAUUAGCGCACUCCACGUUUUACAGCAAGAGUUGUAUGGAUGACAAACAGUCGGGCUUUCACGGCAGCAAAGAAUUAUCUUUAAGCACAGAGGAAAGCAAAGAACCUUCGUCGGAAAAGAGUCAGCUACAUUGAUCUCAGAUGCAUGGAGACUUUCAUUUCCACAUUUUCUUAUUUUGUUUUGUUUUUUUCUAGAAAUAGAGGUAAUCAAGUUUAUAGCAUGCCUGUCCUGAGUUACAGUAGUUUGCUAUUAUAUAUACUUUUGUUAUAGCAAAAGAAUAGGUAAAUUAACACGUCAUCAUGAGCCUGACCAAAACAAAAUUUGAAAUUAACCUAUUGGGUCUGGUACUUUUAAAACUGUACAGAUGUUUGUGCCUUUUCUUUACUUUGCUUAUAUUCUUAUAAGCAUUUUUUAGCAGUAAUUUGUACAUAUUUUAGAAUUUGUGUAUCUGCUUUGUAAUAAAUGUAAUUUCUUUCCUUUUUUGGACACUUGGAUCUAAAUGAUGUAAAGCAAAACAGCAUCAAUAUAUAUGUGAGGUUGCACUAAAACAUAUUUUUAUAUGAUUAAAACUGAACAGCUUUUAUGUACAGCUCUGAUUCUGUAAUACUAAUAUUUAUUUACCUUGUUUCAUAAAUUGUACAUUUUUUCUUAAUGUUGUGGAUUGCUUUUCUAUGUGAAGCAUGGGAUUUACUGUUGCAUAACUAGAACAAAAAUGUAUAUUGUAAACAAGAUAUUUAAACUAGAGUAUCUUAUUCUGCACUUAUGCAUUAGUUACAAAAAAGAUAAAGGAUGUAUCAGUCAGUUCUUAACUCUUGUAAAUUUUUUUGUCUCUUGUUUGCUGGAUUGACUAUAACUUAAGUGCUGAUUGUGAUUUUAAACUGAUAGUACCGUAAAGCAUUAAAGUAAACAAUGUGCUAUUGUGAGUUUUUUCAAAGCUUUAUAAAUCAGUUAUAAAUAAUAUUAAAAGUAUUUGGUCUUAUGUGAACAUGUUGAUCUAUAUACUCAUCGAAAAAUAUGGGAAAACAUUCCGCCCCAUGUAAAUAUGUACAAGUGCAUCACUGGUACAAUUUUAUGUAACUCAGUUGGACACUAGGUUGCCAUAGACCUAUGCUAGGGUGUCUUUAAAAAUUAAAGUGACAAAGCACAUGGAACUUUGUAGAGCUUGGUUAUCGGCCGGCCCGGUGGCUUGGCAGGCAGUGCUGGGCGCUGCCUGUGGAGAAGACCUGGGCUUAGAAAUCUCCUUGGUUCUUGCUGCACACGAUGGUGACUGAGCUAAGGCUACUAUGGAGGGGUUACUCUUGGACUCUGAGGAGUGGGUGUGGAAGCGGGGAAGAGGCAUGGAGACCUACCUGCUCACAGCCCUUCCUGUCAGCCAGUCCACACGGUAACAGGGUUGGCAUCAGCUUUAGGAGAAGCCACUUUACCCUUUGGAAGAGGGGAAGAGUGUCACACUUCUGGCUAUCUCAGGGGGAAUGGGAGGAAGAAGCUUUCCAGGGGAAAGAACUUGUGGGAGCAGGAUGUUUUUUGUAUAUGACAUUCAAAGUGGGCUUUGGUUGGUGGCAUAGGUGGGCAGAGCCUUUGUAGGUCCAGAGGAAUGGCAGAAAGGGAGGGUACCACAUGUGCACACACACACACGCACACGCACACACACACACACACACACACAAUCUGGGUUAUCUUUGUGCUAUAUAGUGGAUUAUAAUUCUGUGAAACCAAGUUUGUAUAUUGAAUUACAUUAAGGAGUGUUCUUUAAAAAGAGAAAUAAAUAUACAAUUACAUGCUU